AUUUACGUCUCAGAACUAAUAAAAAAUUAAUUAGGAAAAAAUGCUGAUUAAACUGAAAGACGGAGUUCUUUUAAAUAAAUAUUGAAUAGAAUGAGGUUAACGUUGCGGAUCUUUUGCAUCUUGGUGUUCUGUGUUGUCUUAGUUAAUACCCAGCAGAGAAGGAAUAACAACAGGAAUCGAAAUAACAGAGUAACUCCAGCACCAACAGUUGGGGGAAGAUGGAGACCUUCAGUUGUGACAAGAAGACGACCAAUUGCAAGUGGAAAUAACCGGGGUGGUUCAGGCAAUAGAAGACCCAGCACCGUACAGAGGCGUCCUCUUGAACCAUCGGAGUUGAUAACACCUCCUUCACGAAGACUGCCAGGAGAAGCCCCUCUUCAGGAACCAUCAUGGGUUCAUUGCAUGAACAACAUGGAGAUUACAAACAGCUGGGCAAUGAUAAGUAACCGAGGUUACCCGGAGGCGAUCGUUGGGCAGAUGCAAUGCUCAUGGAUAUUCUUUUCCGCAAGAAACACAAGAAUUCGUAUUUCUUUCUACGAUAUUGAUCUACAACCCGGGGAGGCGGGGCGAUGUGGGACACAGUUUGUUGACGUCAUUGAUUUGCAGUUGCAGAAAAGUCAGGGACGAUUUUGUGGCGAUCAAAUACCCGGGGAUUACGUGUCUAUGUCAAACAGUUUGAGACUGGAUAUACAAGGAGACACAACAAUAAUCAGUCACAGAGGUUUUCGGGCCUUCGUUCGCUCCGAGCCGUUGACCGUACAAGCUGGUUUGAGGCAAAGAAGUCUAAAAUUUCAUGGCCGAAUCACAACAACUCGAAGGCCGACGACCACACAAAGGCCCAUCAUCCGAAGAACGCCUACACCUAACAACAGGGUUCGACAACCAAUACGAACCAGAGCUCCACCUACUUAUCAAAGACCUGGCCAGAAUAUAUAUGGACCUAAUCGUCAACCGCAAAUUAUUGACGAUACAAGCCCACCCUCGUCACCAAGCGUUGGAAUCUACGUUCUGAUCGGCUUAUUAUGUGUAAUGAUUGUACUCAUGGGACUUGCAUUCCUUUUCAGAAAACGGCUGCGAAAAAGAUACGAUGAAUUUCGAGGAAAAGAGGGAAAAGAAAAAAAGAAGCCCGAUGACGACAUUUAUAAACCUGCAGAAUCAACUUACAUGGCAGGAGAUAAAUUAUCUCUUCCUGGUUAUUCACCGAAAUUUCAACGACGUAAAAGUGGAUGUGGUUGUAGUAGAAGUGUAACGUUCGAAGAUGAAAUAGAGGAAGAAGCGAAGGGCAACUCUGUGGAUGAUGAACGAUACUGCCAGCCUUGCACUUACGAUUCCGUUGCUAUAGAAACCAACUCAACUGGAAGAUAUGAUCCGCAGUGGGAUUUUUACAGAAGUCGGUGCCCAGAGGAUGAUACACUUUCGGUUCAGUCGUUCCAGUCUGCUAGGUCUACAAACCGCCACCCAGAACAUGCAAGCUUUAAAAUACGAAAGAUCGAAGAAAUGAACAACUACAGCUUCUAUCGUGGAGAAAACCCUUAUGGCGAAGUUCCAGCCCAUAACCCUGAACCAAUAUACAGCACACAAAUAGAUCCAAUGUCAUCUGUGUACUAUGUCCCGCCCAUGGCUGUGGCGCAGUAUUCAAAGGCCCAACUACGACGAGAUGAUGCGCCAGCAACGGCAGCAGGCUGCAUACAUGAUGCAAGAGCUACAGGGAAUGGACGCGGCAAAGAGCAUGGGUGAUUUGACUCCAGUACCGACGCAGCAAUCAGAAGGGCUAAAACGAUCCGCUUCUAUGGCUAAGCUGCCAGUCGAGAGCGAAUUUCUGAAACGCCACGUCCAGCGGAGACAGAGCUUUCGAUUGUAAAGUUUUUUGCUAGUGUAACGUUACUCUGAGGUGAUGCAAAAAUAUAAUAAAAUGUACAUUUAUUGUU